CGGUAUCUGUCUAUAGACCCGCUUCACUGUCACAGUCUCACUCCCAGCUCUCCGAUCAGCGGUCUGUCCGCCCGCCGCCGACACAGACAUGAGUCCGUGGUUCCCCAGCGCCUUUCGGGCUCUCGCUGCGCUGUCCGCGCUCUCCGCCGCAGACGGUUAUUUCUUUCAUAACCAAGGCGAAUGCCGCUACAGCUCAGCGGACCUGAAGGACAUGGAGUUUAUCGACAGAUACUAUUUUAACAAGCUGGAGUUACUGAGGUAUAACAGCACUCUGAAUAAGUACAUCGGUUACACUGACAUCGGAGUGAAAAACGCAGAGAGACUCAACACAGACGGAUCAGCGGCAGCAGCGCACGCCGACCUGGACACAUACUGCAAGCACAACGCUGCGAAUUUCUUUAAGAACAUACUGUAUCAUACAGUUGAACCCACUGUUGAGGUUACAACUGCAAAGGGCUCCAGUGAGCGACACACCAUGAAGCUGCAGUGCAGCGCGUAUGACUUCUACCCUGAAGGAAUCAAACUGAAAUGGCUGAGGAAUGGAGUGGAGGUGAAGGACGGUGUGACUGCCACUGAGGAACUUUAUAAUGGAGACUGGUACCACCAGAUCCACUCCUAUCUGGAGUUCACACCCCAGUCUGGAGAGACCAUAGAGUGUCAGGUGGAGCACAGCAGCCUAAAGCAGCCCAAGACCUAUAAAUGGGACCCAUCAGUGCCUGAAGGAAAGAGAAACAAGGUGAUCAUUGGGGCCUCUGGCUUGGUGCUGGGGCUCGUGUUCUCCAUCGUUGGAUUGGUCUAUUACAAGAAGAAGUCCACUGGGAGAAUUUUGGUACCAUCAAGUUAAGGUGCAGAAGAAGGGCCUGGAUUGUGGUGAUGUGUUUGAUUACUCAGGAUGAUUUAUGUUUUUGCCAUUAACAUUAUGUAUAUGCAAGUCUUGUAUGUAUGAAUACAGUAUAAUGUAGAAUUUUAUUAUGCUAAAUUGCACCAGUUUGAUAUUUUUAUAUGUAACACAUAUUACUGUAUUUCCAGACAAGGGCUAGAGUACUCUGCUGUAUAUGUGUCCUUUUUAUAUUGGGUUUGAUGUCAUAACAGGUAAAUUUCAGUUUUGCUCAGCAAGGAAAGAGGUAGCAAUCAUGCUCAGAAUUUAUUCUUUUAAUUAAAAAUCCAUCUUUAUUGGUACAUUGAUAUAGUACUGAUUGAGAUUGUAAGAAUGGAUUCCUGUGUGAUGUAUUCACAGCUUCUUGUGAGGAGUCAGUACCAUGUGAUCAGAUUCAUUGUUAAGCAGCAGGUCUCAGCUGGACCCCACCAGUCAUAAGCCAAAUCAUGGAAGACUGUGAAACAGCAAAAGCAGAAUUACACUCAGAGUUGACUUUACCAGAAAACAUAUUUUCCUAGAUUUAUUCUCACUGACUCACUAGCUGGCUUAUGACAUUUUUCAAAUUUAGAAUCGAUUGACAAGUAUUCUGAAAUUGGAUUAAAAAAAUUUAAUAUAUACCCAGAAACCCUUCCACUGAAUACAAUAUAAUUCAUUUUCUUUAUUAAAAUUUUGAUGACAAAAAAAGACAUAAUCUCUUUAAUACCAACAAUAUUUCUUGCAUAUAUUACAGCAAUUUAACAAUGCAGUUGUAUCUCUGGGUUCUGUAUAAAUCAAUUUAAUCAGUAAUAAAAGUUUACAAGAUUUUA